CUGCUUGGCGGAAUAUCGCUCUGUGUCUGUUUCAUUUCCCAAACGAAAUAUAAAAACGAUAUUCUAACCAACGUUUCUGUUAGUUUGAAUUUUACCUCAUAUGAAGACAAACGUAUCGUUCAACGUACAAAUGAGAGUUGUAGCACGUUGGUUUUUCACCUUUCGUUAAAAGGAACAGAAAAAAAAAGUUAAUUCACAUUUAGUGAUGUUGUGCUUUAUAUGAUAAUGACGAAACACAGUAGCGAUUUGUUUUGGUUUGCAAAUAAAUUUGGUGUAACUGUACGUUCGAUAUGCAAUUUUGAUUCGUUGCAUUGAAAUUCUUCGUUUUUUUCGUGGUUUGAGCGGCGAUAAAACGAUAAGAAAAUGAUUUAAUUGGAUCGAAGUGGUUCAGUGAGAUUUUAAUUAAGGUGGAAAAGAAGAUACGAGACGAGCUAAAAUUUUGUUAUAUUAUUAACACACGUAAAGGUGAUGUGCAUUUAUGAAAUAAUUUUUUUGUGUGUGAACACGAAGAGGAACGAUAAUUAAAAAAAUAAAAAAAAUAAAAAAUAUUUCCAUGUGAAGUUGGUUAUUGUAAUUAAGCACUAAAAGAAACCAGUUUCGAAUGUUGACUUUUAUUAAAAUAAAACAAAUUAUUGAGAUCGAUGAAAAACAAUGUUAAUAGGAAAUCAUCGUCAUAUAACCAACAAUUUUAUGAAAAUCAGGAAUGUUAACAAUUCCCAUCGAAUAUUAAUUUAUCAACAUUCGUUUCAAACAUUUAACGGCUAUGGGAUUUAACGCAUUGAAAAAUAUAAACAAUAACACUCAGCCAACGCAAAAACUUUGCCAUUUCACCCAAUCACCAAGUUCGAACACAAAAUCACCACCCAUAAUCAACAACCAAUCGAGUGCAAUUAAAAAGCGAAAAGGUGCACAAACACGUCCAUACAACUGUUUCAGUUGUCAAUUUAUUUCACAAAUAGAAAUUCUCAGUUGGACGAUAAUUUGUUUGGUGAUCAUGAUAGCAAUGGACCGGUCCGGCGUGAAUUGCACAAUGUUGAACGGUCGUAUGACCGGUGAUUUUGAAGUGAACGAAUGGGUUGAAGACGAUUUAAUGGGCGACAGUGAUAGUGUUGUGGAAACAGGAGAUGACACAGUUGAUAUGGACAGAUUGCAGACCAUUAUUAUGCAAGGAUUAAAUUUAACUAGAAUACCAGAUGUAUCAAAGAUGAACAUCAGUCACAGUGAAUAUGCUGAAAAAUACAAUUUGUACCUCGACAUGAUCCGGCGACGCGAACAAAUGGAACAGCUUAAUGAUCUGACUGAUCCGAUGUACACGGUGACUGUAAAGAGAUUGUUCGUGUUUUCUCAUGCAAAUCACAGUAGUGAUUUCCGUCAUCGCAGAAGACGAUCUUCAAACAAUCCAGCCAAUAACAACGACUUAGUAUAUAUUCGCUUUAGUCUACCAGUCGACGAUCUCCCUAUGGAUAUUGACGAAUCCACACUACGCCUUAUGAUCAAGAGUCAUUCACCACAUCCCUCGCACACUCACCAAUCCCACAAAAUAUCACUGAAAGUAUAUCAACUCAUCGAACCGUACGGUCGAGUACUUGUCGAUACUCGAACAGUGUCAUUAGACCAGGUACAUCCAGCAUCCAGGUGGAUUGAAUUUGACGUUAGUCCGGCCGUAGAAAAUUGGAAAUCUGGUGCAAGUAAUUUGGGACUGGAAAUCCAUUGUGCCGGUUGCGAUGGAAUGGGAGUUCACGUUGCACACGACACAUCAGCGUAUGCCGAUUCGCCCGAAUUGAGUCCGGUACUGAAUGUGGUCGGUAAAAUGUUACAUCGUGAAAAGCGAUCACGGGCACAUCGUCACUACUUACAAAAUACCAAACAUAAACCACGUAAAACCGACUGCACGAAAGAGAAUCAGAAAUGUUGCCGGCACACAAUGGAUGUGGUGUUUAAAGACUUGAAAGGAUACGAGUUUAUCAUUCAGCCCAAGAAUUUUGACGCUGGGUACUGUCGUGGAAAGUGUCCGCCACGAUACAAUCCAGCCAAUCAUCAUGCGUUGUUGCAAAGUUUAAUUUGGAAACACGAUAAAACGAAAGCGACUCGGCCGUGUUGCGCCCCAUCGAAACUGAUGGAACUUGAAGUAUUACAUGUUGAUGAGAAUGAUCAUUCCAAAUUGAAAGUGUCGACGUGGAGUGAUAUGAGAGUGUUGGAAUGCGCCUGUUCGUAGAGACAUUUGUUAGAUGCUUUAGGAUCAGUUAUGUUAGCAUAAUAUUAAGUUUGUAAGACCUUAUUUAACAAGAUUUCCUUCUGGGAUAUGCAACCAAUUUAAAUGUAAUUCAGUAUUUGUACUGUUUGUCAAUAUUUCCAGAGAGGAAAGUAAUAGUAGUGUAGCAAUACCAUUCGUAGAGCGUAAAUUAUUUAAUUUUAUUUUUUAAAUGCAGAAUUUCCUAUAGUUCAUAGUCGUUGUAUAAGUUUCAACUGAAUGUACUCAUAUCGUUCAUGAAUACCGUAAAAUUACUCUGAAAAUAAAUUAAAUAAUUAUUGUCUUAAGUUAUGAAUUGCUGUCAAACACACAUGGACGGCAAGCACUAAAGUCAAACAGUACAGAACAUACAUUUCCGCCGCGAAAUGGAAAUUUAUUCUGAGGAAAAUGAAAUUUCAGUUCAAGGCUCCUCAGAACACAAAAACAUUUAGAGAAAUCAUCAUUUUUCGAAAAUUGAUUUGCCACAAUUUUUAAAAUUUGCUAAAACUUUCCGAACAUUUUUUAAACCAAAUUUUGGAGAAUCUUAGCUUUUGCAAAUAAUUUUUUUCAAAAAUAGGCCCUGUUCUAUAAUGCACGAAGAAAAGCAGUACAAAGCAAAUACCGUAGAAAUGUUGAACCUUCACCGGCACAAAAUGUGUUUCUCCAAAAAUCUUUUUAUUGCCUAUGGAGCAAACAGUUCCUGCUCAAACUUACAAAAACUCGAAAUACAAUCAAUGCUUGAUUCAAUGCAUUCCAUACCAAAAUCAAUAUAUUUCCCAUGAGA